ACAUGAUCAUGCACUCUAAUCCUCAAUCAUUCGCCUUAAUUGCUGAAUAAUCUACCUCUCCAUCUCCUCCUAUAUAUAUGCAGAUUCUGACCAUAAACACCCCUCCAAAAGAAGAACAAGAACAAUAUUUUUCAUUGUCUCGAUCAAUCAUACUAGAAAAACACCCAGCAAAGAUCACAGGAGAAAAAUGGAUUGUGAGCAUGGUUGUGUUGCAGAGAAAAGAGGAGUAGUUUCAGUUCUUCAUGGAGAUGAAUUCUUCUUCAACAGAGUUAUUUCAAGAAAUCCUUCUGUGGGUUGCUCUUCUCGUGUGUUCUACUACAGAUCAGGUGCAGAAGGAGUUCCAUUUCAAUGGGAAAUGCAGCCAGGGACUCCUAAAGAUCCACCAAAGGAAGAAAUCAUUCCACCACUUAGCCCUCCACCGGCGGUGCUCAGCUUAGGCCUACCAAAGCCAUGCAUUGGCAUUGAUCAAGAACCUAGUAAGUUUUCAUUAAGAUCAAGGCUUAAGUUCUGGAAACAUAUCAAGAAAACCAAACGAGGAUCUCGGCUCGGGAGUAGAUCAGAAAAUGCUGCUGGUGUCUCUGAUACGUUUGAAAGAUUUGAGUUUUGCAGCUCUGAUGGUGAGUUUAUGAUGCGGAAUUCUCCACGGAAUUCAAGCACUUCAUCUUCUUCAUCUUCACUGUCUUCUUCUAAUGGCCAUUACAUUCAGUCCUCAAGAUCAGAGAGUCCUGCUAGGGAUUCUAUGCAGGGAAUUUACGCCUGCAGUCCUUGGAAUUUUACUUCUAUUCUUGUAUCUGUUGCGCGAAGAGUUUGA